AUGAACUCGUCGCCACUCCCUGUGCGACCGUGGACGCCACCGGACACAGAUAUAGAAUCGAUGUCGCAUUCAGACUACUUCUCGGAUCCCUUCAGGGCGUCCCCAGUCCCCGCCGACGACCUGGAGGACCUUUGGCCGCUCUCGCCUGGUGUCCCAUCCACGCCGCCGAAGAUGAGCGACUGCCACGACCCUCCAACUCCCAUCUCGCAAGCUAGACCGAAGCCCAUCUCGAGCGUCACAGAGCCGUACACACCCACGAAAGCCUCCAGCCUCGGUGAUGCGCACUCGCAGGAUGGCAUGCCGCGAUACCCAUACACGCCUGACAGUGCGCGCACAACCCGCACCUACACGUACCCCUCUCUGUCUCCGCUUGCGCCCAUGCCAUGGGACACAGACCCACAGUACCCGCAAUCUCCUGUCCAAGACGCGCUUUUCUCUUGCCUAUCGCAUCUCGAGAACCUAAUUCAGACCCGGCAGCCAAACGCUGACCAGAUGGAAUACCUUAUUUCGCAAUUCGAAGCAAUGGCCUCUUAUCUCUCCGCGCCUGAAGCGCAAUCGCGACAAUCGGAUGACUAUCUGUUCUCUGAGCUCGAACUACCCUCGAAUACUACCGGUCUUGGAAUCACCACGCCGAACGGCGCGGAAGUCCCAAAUGGGGAGCAGAAUGCAAGCGUCGACAGCAUGAUGGAUAGCUAUGUCCUUGAAGUGGGGAAGUACAUUGAGGGCGUGAAGAAACAUACUGAAGAUUUGACCAUGAGGAUGGAUGAGCAGAAGCAGCUGAACUCGAUCCAGCUUGAAAUCAUCAACGAUCUGCGGCGAGAAUUGAAGGAAAAGCAAGCCACCAUGACACAGAAGCCUUCGACAGAGCAAUCUCCCGCGAAACCGAAGCAAGAGCCGGAUGAUUCGAAGGACUUCGUUCAAGGGAAUGGCUUCUUGGUUGCCGUUGGAGAGGCGCUUGAUGCCGUCGGAGAUAUGAUAUACGAGUGGUAA